GUAUUAAUUAAAGUGAAAUAGUCAUCUGGAACGUGCUACGGUGCGAGAAUACAGAUUCCAAGGACUUGUACAAGUACAAGGAAUAGAGUUGAGUGUUUAUUGAAUGAUGUGGGAAUCUUAACGGUCAAAUUUGAAAAGCUCUGAUCCCAGGUUCUGAAGCCUUUUUCAUGACCGUUUGGUUCUCUUUUUCUGUUCUGUUCCUCAAAUAAUCCCUCUUUUCUUUUCUUUGUUCUGUUCCUCAAAUCCCUUCUCUCUUCCCAUGACCUCCAAAACACUCUCACUCUAGUUCUCUCUUCUUUAGAAGCAUCAAAUUAAAGUCACUUUUUUUCACAAAAUCAAUUAGUUAAUGAUGAGGUGCUGCUUUCUACCUUGCUUUCCUACUUCUAAACGGAGGAACCAAUUGCGUUCCGCCGAUGCAACACCCUCCACAGAUGAACCCCAAACCCAUGGGAGAGAAGGAGCUUUUGAACCUCUCGCACGCCAAAAGACCGAUGUUGAAGAACUCAUUGAUUGCAUAGCAGAAUCAAAAAUAAAAAAUGUAGAGCAAUCAAUUAAGAGUGUUGAAACCAAGGAGGAGCGGUCAAGGGAAGAGGAAGCACCUCAGAUAUGUAAGAAGGAAGAAGAAGAUGAUGAGAUUAGUAAAAGAUCGCAUCAAGAAGAGUCUUCUGAGUCACUGUUCUCCCUCUCCAUUUCUUCUAGAAAUAAAGUUUCAGAUGCCGAGGCCGAAGUUAACAGUCCAAUACAACUCGUAUGCACAUUUGGGUCAUCCCCAAGUGUUAAAGAAGGAAAACCAUCCGAGAACAAUGAACAGCAACCUGCCACCAAGGAAUUAAUCAAGAAGGAAGGUGAAAAAGGAAGAGCGAAUGACCCUGUCACUCAGUAUAGAUAUAGAGAUUGCCCUGAUGAUGACGGGUACGAUGAUAAUAAUUUAAAUGUUAGUUUGGAUGCUACACUUGAAGAUGAUCCUUCCAAUGAGAAGAAAGAUUGGGUAGAAGGCGCUGAUGUUAACCAAACAUGGGUUCAAGAAGAGUCCUCAGAAUCUUUCUUUUCUAUGUCCGCUAAUUCUAGAAUACGAAUUUCAUCAGCUGAAGCAGAGAACGAAGUUAAUAGUCAAAUGUCAGCUCAUGCUACAAGCACAAACAGCAUCACACAAGGAAAGAUUCCAGAUGUUUCGUCAGUGCUGAAUCCAAGUCAGAGGACAGUAGUCAAAGCAACACUGAAGAACGAUAAAGAAAACAUCAACUUGGUAGUGAAAGAUGUCAACAUACCCAUUAGUCCAGAGCCUAGUUUGAAGCUGUCAAACCGCAAGGCAAGGCAGAGGUUCGAUGACAAAAUUGGGGUGGACACCAGCCUCUCGAGCUGGUUGGUUGAAUCAUCGGAAACCACCCUGAAUUCCGUCAACAAUACCAGUUCUGUGGGAGAACAAACACCAAAAGGAAGAAGAGGUUCACCGUGGAGUCAUGAGGAUAGGCCAAUUUUAGGAGCAUUAACCCUUGAAGAGAUCAGGAUGUUGUCUUUAUCUGCAUCUUCAAGAAGGUCUAGAAGCCGGAGUCCCGACGAGACACCCAUCAUAGGUACUGUUGGGAGCUAUUGGAGUCACACAGAGCAGAGCAUGGAUUUGGAAUUCAACAAAAGUGGAAAGGAUGUGAAACCAAAGAGGAGUUCAACGGCAUUGCAGACCAGACUAGAAAGAGCGUUUGAAGCCAGUGCUGCAGGAGUUUGAGCUACGAGGUGGUUUUUUUUUCUUUUCUCGCGGUGAUAGAGAAGCGUGAUUUUUGUUGUAGCCCUGGAUAUUCGUGACAAAUGCAUUUCUUUACUAGUAUAUUAUUCAGUUCUUUAAUCAUUUAAUGCAUAGAUAAUUCUAAGUUGAA